AUGUUUUAAAAAAAGGGUCCGAAAUUUUUAAGAAACCUGUUUGAAAUACUCGAAGUAGUUAAUUUAAUGAGUCAAAGGGUGAAGAAAACAUCAAUGUAAUUAGAUGGAACAAUGAAGGAGAUGCCUUUGAAAUUGUAAAUGUAGAUUUAUUAGUAAAAUAAAUUUUGAGUGUACAUUACAAAUAGUCAAACUUUUUUAGCUUUGUUAGGUAUUGACAUCUUUAUAAUUGAAAGAUAAUUAAAUCAGUAUGGAUUUCAUAAAUAAAAGAUUGAUAAAAAUUCUUUCUCUUUUAGACAUAAAUAUUUUCAAAAAAAUAAAAAGUAUAAGUACAUUAUAGUUUUUAGAGAAUUGAUUGCUAAAAUAAUAAGUUCUCAUAAGUAAAAGGUUCAAGAAUUUUAAAGAGAAUAGAGAGAAAAUUUAUUUAAUGAUAAUGAAUAAAAUAUUUAAACAAAAACAAUUUAAGAAUUGUAACAAAAUUAACAUAAGAUUUUUACUUAGUUCAAAGAAUAAAUGAACACUUAAUUGUAAAUAAAGUAAUUGAUUACGUAUUUAAAAAAUGUAUAGAAUAAAUUAAUAUUUUAUAAGAAAAUAGCUGAAUUCAAUAUUUAAAUAGAAUAAUAAUGUUUUAUUGCUUAAACAUUAUUGUUUAAGGUUAUAAAAACUAUACCAAAUGAUGAACAGUAUUAAUUUGAAACUGAUCUCCUAAAAUAAGUGUUAUAAGAAUUUUCAAACAUUUACUUAGAAUAUUAUGGAUACAAUUAAAGUUAAAGAAGCCCUAAUUUAUCAAUUUUAUCUCUAACUCCAGUUCCCUUUCAAAUGAAUGAAUAACAAAAAAGAAGUUUGGGUUUAGUUGAUACUAAAAAAGUUCAUUUACAUGAAUAAAUAACAUAAUAUUUGAAAUGGGUAAAAGAAUCUUAUGAAAAUGCAAUUAUUAGAAAUGCAAUUUGA